UUUCUUUUUCAUUCUAGUUGCCUAGAGAGGUUGUUCUUAACACUUUGCCAAAUAUAAUUAAUUUAUUAAAUGCAAAAAGUUGUGUGGUGCAUACGUAUGCUGCUCAUGCAAUUGAAAGGGUUUUUUUGAUAAAAAGUGAAGGAGGCGUGCCUUGCUUCAAAAAUACUGAUGUACAGCCUAUAGCACAAGGUCUUUUGAGCAAUCUCUUUGGUGCUUUGCAACAUGAAGGAUCUUCUGAAAAUGAAUAUAUCAUGAAAGCUAUCAUGAGGACAUUUUCAGUUCUUCAAGAAGCGGUAGUUCCAUUUUUAGGAGAUUUAUUACCUAAAUUAACAUUGAAACUCAGUCAGGUUAGCAAAAAUCCGAGCAAGCCACACUUCAAUCACUAUUUAUUUGAAACCUUCAGCUUGUCUGUCCGGAUAGUUUGCAGAAAUGAUAAAUCUGCAGUUUUAAAGUUUGAAGAAGCUUUAUUUCCAAUAUUUGAAAACAUUUUACAACAAGAUAUUCAAGAAUUUGUACCAUACGUUUUUCAACUUCUGUCAUUAUUCCUCGAGUUCCAAGAAUCUCCUGUGCCUAAUCAUUACAUGGCACUUUUCCCUUGCCUUUUGUCUCCUGUUCUAUGGGAAAGAAUAGGGAAUAUUCCUGCCCUUAGUAGGCUUUUACAAGCAUACAUUGAUAAAGGAAUGCAACAAAUUCUUGCUACUCAAAAACUGAGUGGUGUUUUAGGAGUAUUUCAAAAACUUAUUGCUUCAAAAGCAAAUGACCAUGAAGGCUUCUAUAUCUUACAGAGGCUAAUUGAAAAUGUCCCUCAAAAUACUUUGGACGAGUACUUAACACAGAUAUUUGUUCUCUUGUUUCAUCGUCUUCAAAACUCAAAAACUACAAAAUAUAUAAAAAGUUUGUUAGUGUUUUUCUUUCUGUUUUCAUACAAGUAUGGACCUCAGACAUUGGUGUCACUUAUUGAUGGCAUACAGCCAAAGAUGUUUGCCAUGGUGAUUGAGCGUUUAAUCAUUCCUGAUUUACAAAAGGUUUCAGGACAGAUUGAAAGAAAAAUUUGCUCUGUUGGAAUGGUUAAGUUACUCACUGAAGUCCCUGAGAUUGUUGAUGGUUGCUAUUCUCAAUUCUGGGCUCCAUUGUUGCAAGCACUGAUUGGAUUGUUUGAACUGCCUGAGGACGACAGCAUACCAGAUGAUGAACAUUUUAUAGAAGUUGAUGAGACGCCUGGUUACCAAAGUGCAUACUGCCAGCUAAUUUUUGCUGGUAAAUCUGAGCAUGAUCCUAUUAAUGGAGCUGUGCAUGAUGUCCGGUUACAUCUUGCUUAUAGUCUUCAAAAGUUAUCUGUUGCCCAUCCUGGGAAGAUUCCAGCUUUGAUAGCCGCAAGUCUUGUACCAGAAGCUGCAGCUCACCUUAGCAAAUAUCUUCAAGCAGCUAAUGUAGCACUUUCAUGAAACUGUAGAUUUCUUCUGAAUUUUUCUGAUGAAAUGUAUUCAGAACUUUGCAGUGCUGAUUUAUUUCUACUUUAUUCUUAAAGUUCAUGUUGUACAUACUUCAUCUGAAAUUUGUUUUAUAACUAAUGUUAUAAAAUCAGGCUUCUCACAGUUACAGGCCCCAAAAAGUAUUUCAAUUUGUAUUAUGUAUCACAGCAUUUUCCUUAAAUAAAUGAUUUACACAUUUUAGAAGUUCUUAUGGCUUAUAAAACAUACAUACAUUUUAGCAGCAAAUCAUUAUGAAUUUGAUCUAAUAUUCCUGCAUAAAUAUGCCUAUAGUUCAUUGCAAAAACAUUUAAUAUUGUACUUUUCACCAGUAUAUAUUCAUAAGGGUACAUGUGCACAUCUGCAAGAUCUUUUUUUCUAGCAUGUUUUUAUUUUUAAAAAAUGUGCCAAAACACUUUAAGCCAUUCUUCUAAUGAGAAGUGAAUUUUUGCAAAAAAAUUGUAUAACUCUUUGUUUGCACUGUGAAUAUGCUUUUAUAGGGAUCAGUGAAGCUCUUAUACAUUUGACCUUAUGUAAGGUCAUUAAAGAACCAUUUUAGAGUGAUCUGGCUUAAGGAUCUUAUGUAGGUAUAAAAUAUGUAUUAAUUAAAAUUAAAUUAUGAUCUGAAAAAUAUUGGUUUAUUCUUUAUGUUAGUGACUAUUUUAUGUUACUUGAAUUUUGAUUCAAGUUUUCAAAUCAUGUGUUGUACAUACAGAUUAGUUAACAAUGAUGUAAGAUUUUGCUCAUUUGUAUAGUAAAAGAGACAUUGUGGUUUU